UGUAAGGGUCGACUACCAAAGUUCAUUUAAACGAUGCAGUUUUAAGAAUCGACUCAUUCGUGAACGACAACACUGCUGGAGAGAAGAUGGCGAAUGUGGUCCUCGAGUUCAAGGCUUCUGUCAGUGACUUCGAGCCACAGAGUUGCCCUGUGCUCAUCAUUGGGCAGCUCGGAUACUUACAACAGAUAAAUUGGACUCAAGUGAAGGGGAAACUGCUGCCGGUGGUGACCAAAGAGAUAUGGCAGUCUGCUUUGAGCAGUCUCAAUCCCAACCCUACAGACAGCUGCCCGCUGUACCUGAAUUAUGCAAGUGUGGCGGCCCUGCCUUCUCGUGUAAGUCGUCACAACAGUCCUUCAUCUGCCCAUUUUAUUACUCGCUUGGUUCGCACCUGCCUUCCUGCGGGCAACAAUCGAUGCAUCCUGAUGCUGUGUGAACAGUCUGAUGUGUUUGCAUCAGCGUGUGCCAUUGCCCGUGCUUUCCCACUCUUUACUCGCCGCUCUACCUCAUGCACAACAGAGAAGAAGCAUGUCACUGUGGAGUUUCUCAUUGUUGGCCAGGACGGUAACCAUUUGGAUCCGUUCAUGCUGGAGACUCUUAAUAGCACAGCAGAUGGUGUUCGUCUGGCAGCACGAAUUGUGGACACUCCUUGCAGUGAGAUGAAUACUGACCAUUUUCUGGAGGAGGUCAAAGCCGUGGCAUGUGAACUAGGUAUCUCACCAACUAUAAUUCGAGGCAAGGAAUUAAAACAAAGAGGCUUUGGAGGUAUAUAUGGUGUUGGGAAAGCAGCUGAACACCCACCUGCUCUGGCUGUGCUUAGUCACACCCCCACAGGUGCCACUCAAACCAUUGCAUGGGUUGGCAAGGGCAUUGUAUACGACACGGGAGGCCUAAGCAUUAAGAGCAAAAGCACAAUGCCAGGAAUGAAGAGAGAUUGUGGUGGAGCAGCUGCUAUUUUGGGAGCUUUCAAAGCCGCGGUCAAGCAGGGGUUUAAGGAUAACCUGCAUGCAGUGUUUUGCCUGGCUGAGAACGCAGUGGGGCCUUCAGCCACUCGGCCAGAUGAUAUCCACACACUCUACUCUGGAAAGACAGUGGAAAUUAACAAUACUGAUGCAGAGGGAAGGUUGGUGCUUUCUGAUGGUGUUGUAUAUGCCAGUAAAGAUCUCUCUGCAGAUAUUAUCCUGGAUAUGGCAACUCUGACUGGUGGUCAAGGAAUCUCCACUGGAAAAUACCAUGCAGCUAUUAUGACUAAUAGCGAGCAGUGGGAGACAGCAUGUGUGAGAGCAGGCCGCAGCAGUGGUGAUCUCGCACAUCCUCUUGUCUAUUGCCCUGAACUACACUUCAGUGAAUUCACCUCUGCAGUUGCUGACAUGAAGAACUCUGUAGCUGACCGUGAGAAUGCUCAGAGCUCCUGUGCUGGCCUUUUUAUUGGUUCUCACUUGGGGUUUGACUGGCCUGGUGUGUGGGUGCAUGUGGAUAUUGCCUCACCAGUACAUGCUGGUGAACGUGCUACGGGCUUUGGCGUAGCAUUACUUUUGGCUCUGUUUGGUCAGGCAUCUGAAGACCCGCUUUUGAAAAUGGUGUCUCCAUUGGGCAUUCCAACUGCAAAAGUUUCCUCAGGAGACCAGAUGGAGAGGGACAGCAAAAGGAGAAGAUUAGUCUGAAGAUCACCUCAAACUGCUCCAGUUUCUAGAUUUUGAAACCAGUACAAAAGCAUCAACAUAACAUUGAAUGCAUAAAUAUACACACCACUCAUUUGACUAUCAAGCACUGAUCAUCAAAAAAUUACUACUUUUAAUUCACCAAAUUAGACAUAACACAUGCAGUAGUGAUGUACUUAAUAAAGUGAAGGUCGCAAAAUAAAUGUAUAAUAUGCCAGGAA